CGGCGGCGGGCCUAGCAGCCCGAGAACCGGCCUUCGCGCGCAUGCGCGCGCCCCUGGGACGCCUGGGGGAGGGGGAGGGGCAGGAGGAAGGGGCGCGGCUCCGCGUGCCCGUUGGGCGCCCGUGCGUCACGUGGUGAGGAAGGAGGCAGGUCCCAGGCUUGGGGGAGGGAGAUAGAGAAGAGGAAAGGAGCGAGGGAAGGAAAGCGGGGAAGAGAGGAAGGAAACGAACGAGGGGGAGGGAGGUCCCUGUUUUGGAGAAGCUGGACGCGUUGCCGGCCCCUGAAGUGGAGCGAGAGGGAGGUGCUUCGCCGUUUCUCCUGCCGGGGGAGGUCCCGGCUUCCCGUAGAGUCUCCGGACCAAGCCCCUUCAGCUUCUCCCUCCGGAUCGAUGUGCUGCUGUUAACCCGUGAGGAGGCGGCGGCAGCGGAAGAUGGUGUUGCUGAGAGUGUUAAUUCUGCUCCUGUCCUGGGCGGCGGGGCUGGGAGGUCAGUAUGGAAAUCCUUUAACUAAAUACAUUAGACAUUAUGAAGGAUUAUCUUAUGAUGUGGAUUCAUUACACCAAAAACACCAGCGUGCCAAAAGAGCAAUUUCACAUGAGGAGCAGUUUUUACGUCUAGAUUUCCAUGCCCAUGGAAGACAUUUCAACCUACGAAUGAAGAGGGACACUUCCCUUUUUAGUGAUGAAUUUAAAGUAGAAACAUCAAAUAAAGUACUUGAUUAUGAUACCUCUCAUAUUUACACUGGACAUAUUUAUGGUGAAGAAGGAAGUUUUAGCCAUGGUUCUGUUAUUGAUGGAAGAUUUGAAGGAUUCAUCCAGACUCAUGGUGGCACAUUUUAUGUUGAGCCAGCAGAGAGAUAUAUUAAAGACCGAACUCUGCCUUUUCACUCUGUUAUUUAUCAUGAAGAUGAUAUUAACUAUCCCCAUAAAUAUGGUCCACAGGGGGGCUGUGCAGAUCAUUCAGUAUUUGAAAGGAUGAGGAAGUACCAGAUGACUGGUGUAGAGGAAGUAACACAGACACCUAAAGAAGAACAUGCUGUUAAUGGUCCCGAACUCUUGAGGAAAAAACGUACAACUGUAGCUGAAAAAAAUACUUGUCAGCUUUAUAUUCAGACUGAUCAUCUGUUCUUUAAAUAUUAUGGAACACGAGAAGCUGUGAUUGCCCAGAUAUCCAGUCAUGUUAAAGCAAUUGAUACAAUUUAUCAGACCACAGACUUCUCUGGAAUCCGUAACAUCAGUUUUAUGGUGAAACGCAUAAGGAUCAAUACAACUGCUGAUGAGAAAGACCCCACAAAUCCCUUCCGUUUUCCAAAUAUUGGUGUGGAGAAGUUUCUGGAAUUGAAUUCUGAGCAGAAUCAUGAUGAUUACUGUUUGGCCUAUGUCUUCACAGACCGAGAUUUUGAUGAUGGUGUUCUGGGUCUGGCUUGGGUUGGAGCACCUUCAGGAAGCUCUGGAGGAAUAUGUGAAAAAAGUAAGCUCUAUUCAGAUGGUAAGAAGAAGUCCUUAAACACUGGAAUUAUUACUGUUCAGAACUAUGGGUCUCAUGUACCCCCCAAAGUCUCUCAUAUUACUUUUGCUCAUGAAGUUGGACAUAACUUUGGAUCUCCACAUGAUUCUGGAACAGAGUGCACUCCAGGAGAAUCUAAGAAUUUGGGACAAAAAGAAAAUGGCAAUUACAUCAUGUAUGCAAGAGCAACAUCUGGGGACAAACUCAACAAUAAUAAAUUUUCACUCUGUAGCAUUAGAAAUAUAAGCCAAGUUCUGGAGAAGAAGAGAAACAACUGUUUUGUUGAGUCUGGCCAACCUAUUUGUGGAAAUGGAAUGGUAGAGCAAGGUGAAGAAUGUGAUUGUGGCUAUAGCGACCAGUGUAAAGAUGAGUGCUGCUAUGAUGCAAACCAGCCAGAGGGGAGAAAAUGCAAGCUAAGGCCUGGAAAACAGUGCAGUCCAAGUCAAGGUCCCUGUUGUACAGCACAGUGUACAUUCAAGGCAAAAACUGAAAAGUGUCGGGAUGAUUCAGACUGUGCAAAAGAAGGAAUAUGUAAUGGCAUUACAGCUCUCUGCCCAGCAUCUGACCCUAAACCAAACUUUACAGACUGUAAUAGACAUACACAAGUAUGCAUUAAUGGGCAAUGUGCAGGUUCUAUCUGUGAGAAAUAUGGCUUGGAGGAGUGUACCUGUGCCAGUUCUGAUAGCAAAGAUGAUAAGGAAUUGUGCCAUGUCUGCUGUAUGAAGAAGAUGGACCUAUCAACUUGUGCCAGUACAGGGUCUGUACAGUGGAGCAAGCAUUUUAUGGGUCAAACCAUCACUCUGCAACCUGGAUCCCCUUGCAAUGAUUUUAGAGGCUACUGUGAUGUUUUCAUGCGGUGCAGAUUAGUAGAUGCUGAUGGUCCUUUAGCUAGGCUUAAGAAAGCAAUUUUUAGUCCAGAACUCUAUGAAAACAUUGCUGAAUGGAUUGUGGAUAAUUGGUGGGCAGUAAUGCUUAUGGGAAUUGCCCUGAUCAUGUUAAUGGCUGGAUUUAUUAAGAUAUGCAGUGUUCAUACUCCAAGUAGUAAUCCAAAGUUGCCUCCUCCUAAACCUCUUCCAGGCACUUUAAAGAGGAGGAGACCUCCACAGCCCAUUCAACAACCCCAGCGUCAGAGGCCCCGGGAGAGUUAUCAAAUGGGACAUAUGAGACGUUAACUGCAGCUUUUGCCUUGGUUCUUCCUAGUGCCUACAAUGGGAAAACUUCACUCCAAAGAGACACCUAUUAAAUCAUCCCCAAACAAAACCCUCACAAAUAACAGUCGAAGAAAAAAAUGGCAAGAGAUCAUGUCCUCAGACCAGGUGGAAUUACUUAAAAUUUAAAGCCUGAAAAUUCCAAUUUGGGGGUGGGGGGUGGAAAAUGAACCCGAUUUUCUUAUGGACAGAUAUUUUUAACCUAAUGGCACAAAAGUCUUAGAAUAUUAUUAUGUGCCCUGUGUUCCCUGUUCUUCGUUGCUGCAUUUUCUUCACUUGCAGGCAAACUUGGCUCUCUAUCAACUUUUAUCACAAAUUGAAAUAUAUAUAUAUAUAUUUUUUUCAACUGCCAAUCAAGGCUAGGAGGCUUGACCACCUCAACAUUGGAGACAUCACUUGCCAAUGUACAUACCUUGUUAUAUGCAGACAUGUAUUUCUUACGUACACUGUACUUCUGUGUGCAAUUGUAAACAGAAAUUGCAAUAUGGAUGUUUCUUUGUAUUAUAAAAUUUUUCCGCUCUUAAUGAAAAAUUACUGUUUAAUUGACAUACUCAGGAUAACAGAGAAUGGUGGUAUUCAGUGGUCCAGGAUUCUGUAAUGCUUUACACAGGCAGUUUUGAAAUGAGAAUUAAUUUACCUUUUUCUUAUGAUGGAGUUGGUUCUGAUACUCAUUUUGUCUUUAUCAAAUGGCUGCUAAGAGCACAUGAGUGACUACCCUGAAGAACACAGUUAAGUGUUGUGCAAACUGGACAUAUGCAGCAUACUACUUCAGAGUUAGUUCUUUAUGUAAGUGUCUGAUUUCUGCUUAUUUCAGUUAAUUCAAUUCCAUUUUUGAAUUGAUAGGUGACAUUUUUUUCAUGCUUCAGUAGAAAUUACGUCAGUGAAAUGAUUCUUUUUAUUUGUAAC